AUUCUCGUAUAAAAGCUACAAGAGAGUUGGUAACUUCUCUGCUUAGCUGUUCUUGUCUAGCUGGGUUUUCUUUUUUUUCCCAUUAUUUUGUCUGGGGGAAAACGUCUUCAAUUAGGUGUUGCAGAUAAGUUUAUUUAAGAUUCUCAGUGGUUUUGGUCAAAGGGAUCUCUUUUAUUUACGCAUCGGUCUGAUUCUUUUGGGGGUUUAGGUUUUAAUUGCUGGAAAGUUAUUGUGAGCUUACUGAAUGAAAGUGGAGAAAAGAUUGAAGCUUAAGUGUUUGUUGAAAUGUCUAUGGAGUGAAAUUGAUCUGGGUGUUAAGGGAUGGAUCCAAAAGUCUCUUUCUUUCUGAGAAAUUAACAGUUUUUUUUUUUGGGUUUGGUUGGCUCUACAUAGGGGGGGUUUUUGAGUUUGGGGGAAGCUUAGCUGUUGUAGUUUCUUUGUCGAGUGAGGGGGUGAAGUAUGGCUUGCAUGAAGCUGGGAUCCAAAUCUGAUGCUUUCCAGAGACAAGGCCAAGCUUGGUUUUGCACAACUGGACUUCCAAGUGAUAUUGUCGUUGAAGUUGGAGAGAUGUCUUUCCAUCUCCACAAGUUUCCUUUACUCUCUAGAAGUGGAGUCAUGGAAAGAAGAAUUGCAGAAGCAUCCAAAGAAGGCGAUGAUAACUGUCUCAUCAAGAUCUCUGAUCUCCCCGGCGGAGACAAAACGUUUGAGCUAGUCGCCAAGUUCUGCUACGGUGUGAAGCUCGAGCUCACCGCUUCCAACGUUGUAUACCUCAGAUGCGCCGCUGAGCAUCUCGAUAUGACGGAAGAGUACGGAGAAGGAAACCUAGUCUCUCAAACCGAAACUUUUCUCAACCAAGUGGUCCUCAAAAGCUGGAAAGACUCGAUAAAAGCGCUUCAAAGCUGCGACGAGGUCCUCGAGUACGCUGAUGAGUUGAACAUUACCAAGAAAUGCAUCGAGUCACUAGCCGUGAGAGCAUCCACAGACCCGAACUUGUUUGGAUGGCCAGUUGUGGAGCACGGUGGGCCCAUGCAGAGUCCAGGUGGCAGCGUUCUAUGGAACGGGAUAAGCACAGGGGCAAGACCUAAACACACUAGCUCAGACUGGUGGUACGAGGAUGCCUCGAUGCUUAGCUUUCCUCUUUUCAAGAGACUCAUCACAGCCAUGGACUCCAGAGGCAUAAGAGAAGACAUCAUUGCAGGUUCUUUAACCUACUACACAAGAAAACACUUGCCUGGCUUAAAACGCAGACGCGGUGGAGGACCUGAAGCCAGCGGUCGUUUCACCACGCCUCUGAGCUCGGGGAGUGUUCUCUCCGAAGAAGAGCAGAAGCACUUGCUCGAAGAGACCGAGGAGCUUCUCCGCAUGCAAAAAGGUUUGGUCCCGACCAAGUUUUUCGCCGACAUGCUUAGAAUCGCCAAGAUUCUGAAAGCCAGUCCGAGCUGCGUAGCCAAUUUGGAGAAGAGGAUAGGGAUGCAGCUCGACCAGGCGGCGUUGGAGGAUCUUGUGAUGCCUAGCUUUUCUCACACGAUGGAGACUCUAUACGACGUUGACUCUGUGCAGAGGAUCUUGGACCAUUUUCUUAGUACGGAUCAGAUUAUGCCUGCUGACGUUGGCUCUCCUUGCUCUUCGGUAGAUGAUGGGAAUGUAAUGGGAUCACCACAGUUAAUAACGCCAAUGACAGCGGUUGCAAAGCUGAUCGAUGGGUAUCUUGCUGAAGUUGCUCCUGAUGUUAAUCUCAAGCUUCCUAAGUUCCAAGCUUUAGCUGCUUCUGUUCCUGAGUACGCUAGACUCUUAGAUGAUGGACUCUAUCGCGCAAUAGACAUUUACUUGAAGCAUCAUCCGUGGUUAGCGGAGACCGAAAGAGAGAAUCUUUGCAGGUUGUUAGAUUGCCAGAAGCUCUCUUUAGAAGCUUGCACACACGCGGCGCAGAACGAGAGGUUACCUCUAAGAAUAAUCGUCCAAGUCCUCUUCUUUGAGCAGCUUCAGCUCAGGACCUCUGUAGCUGGGUGUUUCCUGGUUUCAGACAACCUUGAUGGCGGAUCAAGACAGUUAAGAAGCGGUGGAUUUGCAGGAGGAUCAACCGAAGGAGGAGGAGGAGGAUGGGCAACUGCGGUAAGAGAGAAUCAAGUCUUGAAAGUUGGAAUGGACAGUAUGAGAAUGAGGGUUUGUGAGUUGGAGAAAGAGUGUUCCAAUAUGAGACAGGAGAUUGAGAAGCUUGGUAAGACGACAAAAGGUGGUGGUGGUGGUGGUGGUUCGGGAAGCGGUAGCAAAACAUGGUUUGGUAUAAAGCUGAAGUCGCAUCAAAUGUGCAGUGCGCAAGAAGGAUCUGUGUCAAAGUCAAACAGCGAGAAUGUGAAGAUAGAGAAGCUUAAGGAUGUGAAAGAACGUCGUGGGAAGCAUAAGAAAGCUUCGAGCAUUAGUUCUGAGAGGUGAUAAUAAUAAUGGUGAAAUUUCCACGGUUGAAAAUGUCAAGCUUUACCGUCUUUGAGAUUGUGUUUAGCUUUUAGCCUUUUAAGGUUAAAAGAAAAAAAAAAGAGCUUCCCACUGUUGUAAUGUGUGCAUUGUAGUCAAGUUGUGCCCUCUUUUAUGGUUUUUAACUGUCUCAAUUGUCUGAAUCUUUGACGAGCAACUACUUUCUUUGUCAUUGUUUAUUUUUACGAGAAGAAGAUUCAGGUUGAAUCUCUGGUCACAAAAGAUGUUUAGCGUA